AAAGCAAUUAAUUUCAUCUCAACUGUAAAUUUUUUUAGGAGCUCAAGUCUAGAGUACUCCGUAAAUACUUGAAAUUUUCUGUACAAGAAACAUUUAUGAUUUAUUUUUCAAAAAGUAAUUUUUUUUUGAAAACUUUCAAAAAGUAAUUUGAACGAGGGAAUUAGGGAAUUUUACUUCAAGCGGUGGAGGGAACAAUAAUUUCUCCCGGCGGCGAUGUACGGCUACGGCGGCAGUUUCAGAAGGGAUGAUUCAAAGGGGAAGGCGCAAAGCAGAGGAGGUGAGUCGUUAAUGGAGAUCGAAGAUGCUCCCGUUUACCGCUGUUCUAAAUCGCACGAGAAGAUCUAUCAGGAAUGGUUCGCCUUGGCCGAUUCAGACGGAGAUGGACGGCUCACAGGAGUCGACGCCACAAAAUUCUUCGGCAUGUCCAAGUUGUCCCGCCAGGAUCUCAAGCAGGUUUGGGCAAUUGCAGAUUCUAAGCGUCAAGGCUUUCUGGGUUUUAAAGAGUUCAUUGCAGCUAUGCAGUUAAUCUCUUUGGCACAAGCAGGCCAUGUGGUGAGGGCGACAAAUGAUUAUUCAACAGCUGAAGUUGAUUUUAAAAAUUUGGAGCCACCUACCAUGGAAGGCUUGGAUGUCCUAUUGGCUAAGAAAAAACGUGCUUCUAGACAUGAACACGAGGGUAGUCCUCUUAGGCAAUCUUCUACAGCUAAUUGGUUUCAAUCACCAAAAUCUGCAAAGAUCUCUUCAACAUCGGUUACUUCAAUAAUUGAUGGAUUGAAGAGGCUGUACAUCAAGAAAUUGAAGCCCCUAGAAGUUACAUAUCGGUUUAAUGAUUUUGUCUCUCCCUUACUGACAAACAGUGACUUUGAUUGCAAGCCCAUGGUGAUGCUUUUGGGUCAAUACUCCACAGGGAAGACAACUUUCAUCAAACAUUUACUCAAGAGUAGUUAUCCAGGAGCUCAUAUUGGACCAGAACCUACUACAGAUAGAUUUGUGGUUGUCAUGAAUGGGCCUGACGAAAGGAGUAUUCCUGGCAACACCGUUGCUGUUCAAGCAGAUAUGCCAUUCAGUGGCCUUACAACUUUUGGAACUGCAUUUUUGUCAAAAUUUGAGUGUUCUCAAAUGCCUCAUCCUCUGUUAGAGCAAAUAACAUUUGUCGACACUCCUGGAGUUUUAUCUGGAGAAAAGCAACGUACCCAAAGGAGCUACGACUUUACUGGGGUAACAUCUUGGUUUGCAGCCAAGUGUGACCUCAUCUUGCUAUUGUUUGAUCCUCACAAACUCGAUAUUAGUGACGAAUUCAAGCGCGUGAUUUCAUCUUUACGAGGCCAUGAUGAUAAGAUAAGGGUGGUUCUGAACAAGGCCGAUCAAGUCGAUACUCAACAACUUAUGAGGGUCUAUGGUGCAUUGAUGUGGUCCUUGGGGAAAGUUCUGAAUACUCCAGAAGUUAUGCGUGUUUAUAUUGGGUCAUUCAAUGAUAGACCAAUAAAAGAAUCUGCUGCUGAUGGUCCAAUGGGCAGAGAACUUUUUGAAAAGGAGCAGGAUGACCUUCUGAACGACUUGAGAGACAUACCAAAGAAAUCUUGUGAUCGUCGUAUUAAUGAAUUUGUAAAACGGGCAAGAGCUGCUAAAAUUCAUGCAUACAUCAUUAGUCAUUUAAAGAAGGAGAUGCCUGCUAUGAUGGGCAAAGCCAAAACCCAACAAAGACUUAUUGACAACUUGGAAGACGAAUUUGCAAAGGUACAGAGGGAACACCGUUUGCCAGCCGGAGAUUUUCCAAGCGUGGAACAGUUCAGGGACAACCUGAGCGGUUACAACAUCGACAAGUUUGAGAAAAUAAAGCCCAAACUGAUACAAUGUGUAGACGACAUGCUUGGCUACGACAUCCCAGACCUCCUCAAGUCUUUCAGGAAUCCUUAUGACUAGGGAGAGACGCACAUCUUAAGGGGCGCGCUGGCUGCGGUUCAAAGGGCGUGUAUAUUUUGUUGUACAGAAAUUGCGACACUUUCACCCCAAGGAUGACGUCAAGAUUGACACUACAAAUCACGCCCGGACACACACUUUAGUGUCUAUGGUCUGUGAGAGCGUGACAGUGUCAGCGUAACCUUUGUUGUAUUGUGUAUAACAUUUCUUGACAAUCUAACUGGGCAGUCGUUACUCUCUGUAUUAGGUACACAGCCAUUGAAAAAAUGUUUGAAGAGAAG